AUGAAUUGGUCAAAUGUUUCAUUUCAUCUUUUAAAAUAUGAACAUGCCAGAAUAAAUGGGAAUUAAAUUCAACAAUAAUAAUUAAAAACUUCACCAAAUAAUUUAUCUUUCUCAAUCCCUUCAUAACAAGAAUAAUUAUAAGAAAAAAUGAGAUGCAAAUCUGUUCUUUGUGAUGAAUUUGGAAAUUGGUCAAACAAAUACAAAACUUCUCAUGAUCUUCUUAUUGAAUUUCCUUAGCAUAAAAAAUAGAGACUUACUCAGAUAAUCGUUCAAAAUUUAAGUAUUAGUUAUCUAAUUUAGAAAAAAAUCCCAUAAACUAUUAAUAAAAUUCGUUUAGAAAUAUUGUUGUAAAAUCUCAAGGACCCUAAAAUAUUCACAUUAGCACAUUUAACAAAAGAUUAAAAGAUAUUAAGCAUUAAGAAUAUGAAUUAAAUUUGGAUAGUAAAGAUGGAAGUGAUUUACAUGCAAAGAAUCUAUAAAAAAUAAAAUUAAUUAAAUUUCAUAAGUAAGAAGUUGAUCCUAGCAUUGAAACUAUGUAUACUGGUUUCUUAAGUUGUUCAGGAGAAAGUCCUAGAAUCAAAGCCUUAAAAAGUAAAAUCACAUAUAAUCAUAGAAACAUCGAAUAAAUUUAUUUUAAAAUAAACCCUUUAAAAAACUAAUUUAAUUGAUAAGAUAAUACUUGAUAGUAAAAUCACUUCAAAAACAACUUUUUCUCCUCGAUAAAUAUUGAAUCAUUAACAUAAAAAGACAAUAUCUAAUGUUCACUCUGCUUAUUCAGAAUAAAACAAAUUUCUUCGUAGAAUUAUCGCCAAUUCUCACCAUAUAAAUAUUUUAAAUAAGUGA